AGAAUCUUCGGUUCCGCCACAUAUGAUAAGUCGGAUGACAUGGAUUGCUUGUGUUCCCGACAAUUCAGUGAAGUGAACGACCAGUUAUUGCAACUCAACUUCAAUAUCGACCCCUUCUUCUUCGUCGCCUGCAAAUCAAACGGCAAUUUCGAGGAAUUCCAGGUAAACGACGAUUACGUCUAUUGCGUGAAUGUGACUGAGGGUAACGUAUUGGAGAGGGCGGUGAACAAGUCGAGCAUGGACCAAUUAGACUGCAAGGACAAAGCGCCGCAAAAAUUUAUUACCAAUUGUCAGAAACGGUAUAUAAACGCCACGCUUGAGAUCGAAAAACUUGAAGCUGAGGGCCAUUUGGUGGUCGCGUAUGACAUUCCCAAGUGUGACAUCGAUGGCACCUUCGCUCCCGUCCAGUGCCUCAAUAAAUAUUGUUUCUGUGUUAACAAAAAUGGAGAGAAAUAUAGAGGAACUCAAGUGAAUAGGAACGAGAAGUUGUCCAUAAAUCAACAAUGCAAUUGUGUCCGAGAAAUGGAGUUAAUAAGAGAUAUUGACGAAGAGAAAUGGGACCAAAUGACUGAACUGUUCGCACAAUACCGGUGCGAACGAAAUGGCAAUUAUCUGACACUUCAGUGCACGGAAUCUGAAUGUUAUUGUGUGGAUCCGAUUGAUGGCAAUCUGGAAACCUCAUCAAAACUCAAGACUGACCCCAAAGGCAUCAGCGAAUUAAAAUGCUAUAAAAAUUAUGCCAAUGAAUUUGGCGACAUGGACUAUUUAUGGCAAACAUACCCCGAUGUGCUUUCUUAUAUUUCAGACAUUCCUAAAUAAUUAACAUAUUGUUUAAUGUUUAUUAUCUUACUUUUACUUACAA